AUGGCUGCACAAGUCCCUACUGAGGAGCUCAAAAAGCUCAAGGUCGCUGCGAAAUCAGACGACCCAGCUGCGGCCAACGGGGCCAACGGCAACGCCGCAAACGAUAGUGACGGGUCCGACGACGACGACGAGGCAGAGGAUGCCGCUGCCGCCGCUGCCGGUGGAGAAGGCGCCAAGAAAAAGAAGAAGAGAAAGCCACGCAAGAAGAAGAAGAAGAACGCCAAUGGCCAGACGGACCCUCCCAGAAUCCCCAUCUCCCAGCUCUUCCCGGACAACAGCUACCCGAAGGGCCAGGAGGUUGAGUACAUUGGCGAGAACACAUACCGCACCACAAACGAGGAGAAGCGCCACCUUGACAGCCUCAACAGCGACCUCUUGACAGACUACCGUCAUGGCGCCGAGGCACACAGGCAGGCUCGCAGGUGGGCGCAUAAGCACAUCAAGCCGGGCAUGUCGCUGACGGACAUUGCAAACGGUAUCGAGGACAGCGUGCGAGCGCUGGUGGGACACUCGGGUCUGGAGGAGGGCGAUGCCAUCAUCGCCGGUAUGGGUUUCCCUACCGGGCUGAGCAUAAACCACUGCGCGGCCCACUACACGCCCAAUGCAGGCAACAAGAUGGUGCUGGAGCAUGAUGAUGUGCUCAAGGUGGACAUCGGAGUGCAUGUUAAUGGUCGCAUCGUCGACAGUGCCUUUACCGUUGCAUUCAACCCCCGCUAUGACAACCUCCUUGCAGCUGUCAAGGAUGCCACUAAUACUGGCAUCCGCGAGGCCGGCAUCGAUGCACGACUGGGCGAGAUCGGAGAGGCAAUCCAGGAGACCAUGGAGAGUUACGAGGUAGAGAUUGACGGCGAGACUUACCCCGUAAAGCCGAUCCGUAACCUGAAUGGCCACACCAUUGACCGAUAUACCAUCCACGGCGGCAAGAGCGUGCCUAUCGUCAAGUCUGCCGACCAGACGAAGAUGGAGGAGGGAGAAAUCUAUGCUAUCGAGACGUUCGGCAGCACCGGACUGGGCUACGUUCGCGAUGAGGGCGAAGUGUCCCACUACGCGAAGCGCGCUGAUGCGCCCAACGUUGCGCUACGGUUGACAUCGGCGCAAAAGAUAUUGAACGUGAUCAACAAGAAUUUUGGCACGCUGCCGUUUUGCAGGCGUUACUUGGACCGUCUGGGACAGGACAAGUACCUACUAGGAUUGAACAACCUUGUGUCCAACGGGAUUGUCGAGGCAUACCCACCCUUGGUCGACAAGAAGGGUUCUUACACAGCCCAAUACGAACACACUAUUCUCCUUCGGCCGACUGUGAAGGAGGUUAUCAGCCGUGGAGACGAUUACUAG